UUAAGCAAAGAAGUUGAAGACAGAAGAGAAGAAGGGGAAGCGCACAGAAAUCUUGCUGGCGCAUUCUAUGCUCUCAGUUUGCACGGUAAAUCGAUUGAGCAUAUUGAAAAUGCACUUAUGAUAAGUGUAGAAAUUGGCAACAAAAGUCUACAAGGAGAUUCGUACAGCGAGCUCGGUCAAGUGUAUUACUCUACUGGUCACUAUGACAAGGCCAGAUCUAACUUCGAGAAAGAGCUGAAAAUAAGACAAGUACUAGAAGACAAACGCGGCGAGGGGCGAUGUUGCAAUCUUCUUGGUAAUGUUUACCAUGCUCUCAGUCAGUAUGAGAAAUCCAUCGAUUGCCAAAAGAACGCUCUGAAGAUAAGCGAAGAAACCGAAGACAGGAAAGGAGAAGGGAAUGCUUACAACAGCCUCGGCGAAGUGCACCGUGCUCUUGGCGAGUAUGAUACAUCGCUCAGAUACUUGCAGCAAGGUCUUGAAAUAAGCAAGGAAUCGCGCAAUAAACCCGGAGAAGGUAUGUUCUACAGCAGUCUUGCCACAGUUUUUCUUGCCCUCGGUGAAUAUGAGAAAGCGAUGGAUAACUCUACCAAAAGUCUUGAAAUUUGUACAGAGAUAGGAAACACACGCGGGAAAGGCAAAUCUUACAGCAACAUGGCUGCAGCAUAUAAAGCCCUUGGUCAAUCCCAAAGAUGUCUGGAGUAUUAUGAAAAAAGCCUCGAGAUCGCCCAAUCUCUGGGAGACAAACAUGGAGAAGGAACGAUGUACAAUAAUCUUGGUACGAUGUUUUAUGCUCUUAGUCAAUACGAGAAAUCGUUAAACUACUACCAGAAAGGCAUUGAGGUCUUCAAAGAAAUAGGAGACAGACAUGGACAAGGAAGAGCCUACCUAAACCUCGGUAACGUACAUGAAGCUCUUGCUAAUUAUCAAAAGUCGCUGGACUCACUACAGGAAUCUCUAGAAAUCAGUCAAGAAAUCGGGGACAAAGAGGCCGAAGGGGUGACUUACAGCAGCAUUGGUGACGUAUAUAGCUCUCUUGGCCAGUUUGAGAAGUCCAUUGAAUGUCAGGCGAAAGCCCUUGAAAUCUACGAAACGACUGGGGGAAAGGAAAGGAUGGGAGAAUCGUAUAACAAGCUAGGCAGCGUUUACAGUGAUCUCGAACGGUACCAAGAGGCAUUGGUCUAUUACGAGAAAGGUCUUGAGAUAAGAAAAGCGAUCGGUAGUAAGCAAGGACAAGCAGCAUCAUACAACAACUUUGGCAGCGUCUACUACGAGCUCGGCCAGUAUGAGAAGUCAAUCCAGAAUCACGAGGAGGCGCUGGCUAUCAGGAAAGAAAUUGGCGACAGACGAGGGGAAGGGACAUCUUACAACAACCUCGGUAGUGUAUACAGCAAAUUACAGCAGUAUGACAAAGCAGUUGAUUAUUUCAAGAAAAGCCUCGAAAUCAGUGAAGAGAUUGGCAAUAAGCUGGGUGAGAUAGCAUCCCAAGGUCAUCUGUGUCUCUUGUGGUACGCUCGUGGGCAAUAUGGAAAGGCGAUUGAGAGUGAGGAAAGGGCACUUGCUGUAAAAGAAGCCAUUGACGACAAACGUGGAGUGGUUACCUCGUGCGUCAAUCUUGCAAGUAUUUACCACGAACAUAGCCAAUAUGAAAAAUGUAUCGGGCAGUUUAAGAAAGCUAUUCAAGUCAGCGAAUCCAUGUGUGACAAGCAACAACUACUACAACUGUACACCAAUCUUGGUGAUGUGUAUAAAGCUCUGGGCCAGUAUAAAGAAGCGAUUGAGUGCCACAUGGAAGUCCUCGACAUCUGCGAAACACUGUGUGACAAAAAGGAAGAAGAAGCAUCAUGUAGCAAGCUCAGUAUUCUGUAUAAAGCUCUUGGCCAAUACGAUAAAUCUGUCAAAUACAGAGAGAAAGCCCUGGAAAUCUGCAAAACUCUACCGGGAUAUAAACCAGCAGAAGGAAGAUCCCACGAGCUUCUUGGUAUCUUGUACCAUGCUGUCGGUCAAUUUGAGAAGUCAGUUGAGUGCGCAGAGAAGGCAAUCGAGAUUUUUAGAACGACUGGUUUCAGAGGGGCUGAAGGAAGAUCAUACAGCCAACUUGGAAAUCUUUAUUAUGAUAUCGGCCAGUAUCAAAAGGCUGUUGAAAAUCAUGAGAAGAGUCUCGAAAUCCGGAAAGCCAUUGGUGACAAGAAAGGAGAAGGAACCUCCCACAAUAAUCUAGGCUCCGCGUACUGUGCACUCAAUGAGAUCAAGAAGUCUAUCGUAUCCUGUAACAGAAGUCUUGAAAUCAGAAAAGAAAUUGGGGACAAAGAAGGGGAAAUAACGUCCUACAAUAACCUCGGUCUUGUCUACCUACUACUUGGGCACCAUGAAAAGUCAAUUGAAUGUCAAGAGAAGGCGCUUGAAAUCAGCAAGGAAAUUAAGGACAAACAAGGAGAAGGAACGUCAUACACCAACCUUGGUGUUGUGUAUCACUCUAAAUGGGAAUAUGAGAAGUCACUCUGUUACGAAGGGAAGGCACUCGCGAUCUAUAAAGAAGUUGGCGAUAAAGUACGAGAAGGAAUUUCUUACAACAACCUUGGCAUAUUAUAUUACAUUUUUGGUCAACAUCAGAACUCUGUUGACUGUUUUGAAAGGGCUCUUAACAUCAAGAAAGAAUUCGGAGACAAAGCAGGGCAGGAAUCGUGUCACAGCAGCCUUAGCCUUUUGUAUAUCACCACCGGCGACUAUGAGAAGUCUAUCGAGAAUCUAGAGGAAGCCCUUCAAAUUUGCUCAGCCGUCGGCAAUAGAGAAGGUGAAAUACGCUCCCACGAUGCGCUCGGUACAGCAAAUUAUUUUUCUCGCCGUUUAGAAAAAUCAAUCCAACACCAAGAGAAAGUGCUUGAAUUCAGUAAGGCAGCUGGAGACAGGAAAAGAGAAGGAACGUCUUACAGCAAUUUAGGCACAAUCUAUCAUGUUCAAAAGCAAUUUGAGAAAUCAGUUGAGUAUCAAGAGAUGGCGCUUAGCAUCUUUAAGGAGAUCGGAGACAAACAUGGAGAAGCAGCGUCGUGCAGCAACCUUGGCAGUACGUUUUGUGCCCUUAGUCAGUACGAGGAGUCCCUGUUGCAUCAUGAAAAAGCGUUAGGGAUCUGUAAAGAGAUUUAUGCCACAAGAGGAGAGUUGAGAUCUUACAAAGACCUUGGCAGUGCUUAUCAUCUUCAGGGCCAACUGGAAAAGUCUAUCUCGUGUUACACAAAAUGUCUGGAGAUCAGCAAAGAAAUUGGGGACAAGCAAGAAGAAGUUGCAUCCUACCAGAAUCUAUACACCUUAUGCAAUGCACUUGGCGAACACGAGGAAGCUUCCAUUUACCUAGAGAAAGCGCAGGCGAUUAAGCACGACUCUGGAGAGAGACAACAGGAAGGUCAAUCUGACGAGCGACCUGUUCAGUGUGUGUACUACAUUUGUGAUCUUUACGAAAAAUCUAUUGAGCGUGAAAAAUUCUCAUGUGGAAUCAUCGAUGCAGUCCGAGGAGUCGAUCCCAUUCCGAGAGAAUCUGGGGUGAAAAUUGAGAUGUCGAUCAAAUAUCACGAGAGAGAAGUGGAAAUCAGGAGAGCAACCGCUGACAGACAUGGAGAGGGAAGAUCCUACCGCGCUCUUGGAUACGAAUACAUCACUCUUGGCCAAUAUAAGACGUCUCUUGACUAUUUCGAGAAAGCAGUUGAAAUAAGCGAAGUGAUUGGCAGCAGGAAAGCCAAAUCACACUCUUACAGUGGCCUUGGUACUGUGUAUCUUGCUCUUGGCCAGUACGACAAAGCUCUGAAGUAUCAAAAGGAGUCAUUGAAAAUUGAUGAAGAGAUCGAAGACAAGGAUGGAGAAGGAGCAUCCUACACGAACCUGUCAGUCAUAUACCGUGCCUUCGGCCAAUAUGAAAAAGCAAUCGAGUAUCAAAACAAGGCACUCGAGAUCUGCAUUGAAAUACAAGACAGGAAAGGCGAGGCUGCAUCAUACAACAACCUCGGCAGUAUAUACAAUGCUCUUGGCCAAUAUGAUGCCUCAAUACAUUUUCAGGAGAAGGCUCUUAAAAUCAGAAAAGAUUUAGGCGACAGAGAAGGAGAAGGAAUUUCUUACGUCAACCUAGGCAAUGUUCAGUAUGCUCUUGGCCAGCAUGAGAAGGCCAUCGAGUACUUAGAAAGAGGACUUGAAAUCGUCAAAGAGACUGGAUUGAAAGGAAGAGAACACCUGGUUUUAUGCGGCUUAGCCAUGAGUCAUUUUCAGGAGAAAAGUUUCUCCAAAGCAUCCGACUAUUUCUUUGGGAGCAUUGAAGGCCACGAAAAUGUAAGAAAGUCUCUUAAAGAUGAAGACAAGCUCUCAUUAGAUGAUCAAAACAUUUCAUUUUACAAGGGACUGACAGAGACGUUGAUUUUCCUUGGUAAGGUAGAUGAUGCCCUCUGUACAGCGGAACGGGGACGGGCUCGUGCUCUCUUAGAUUUGCUAUACUCGAAUUUUGGAAUCCAGGAGGUUAAUAAAACAAGUGAAUUCACUCUGAGUUCGUUGGCAAGCCUCUUGGAAAAGCAGCGGAGUGAUUUUCUUUUCAUGAGCAUCAUAACGGAGCAAAUCUAUCUCUGGGUCAUGGAAAAGGGUGGCAAAAUAAACUUCAAGAUUGGAACAGAGCUAUCAGCAAAUGAGAAAGAAAAGUCUUUGCGAGAUCUUGUAGCGAUCACUUUGAAAUCCUUGCCAACAGACGACAGAGAAGAAUACGAUGACAGAUCCUUGUCAGCAUUCUAUGAAGACGAAUCAUCAACAGCAGAAGAACAAAGUGAAGCAACCAGUCAGCACCAUCUCCGAGGUAACGAAGAAGAAGAAAGAGGAGCCAAUCUAAAAAGGUUGUACCAAAUGAUCAUUGCGCCCAUUGCUGAUCUUAUCCAAGGUCCAGAGAUUGUCAUUGUCCCAGAAGGAGGACUGUUCUUGGUCCCAUUUGCAGCCUUGCAAGAUUCCGAUGGAAAUUACUUGUCACAAACAUAUCGAAUCCGCCUCACUCCCUCUUUGACAUCACUUCAGGUCAUUCAAAGUUUCCCAGAAAAUUACCAGUCUCAAACUGGGGCAUUGAUUGUGGGCGAUCCGACGGUUGGCCUUGUGGAAUUUGAUGGAAAAGUCGGGGUUUUGAAACCUCUACCAAAUGCCAGAACUGAAGCAGAUAUGGUCUCCCGGUAUGUUCCAGCACCAUAUUUCAAGCUUAUUGGAGAGCAAGCCACUAAGGCUGAAGUAUUGAAAAGAAUCCAGGAAGUAGGGCUAGUGCAUAUUGCAGCCCAUGGUGAUGCAGAGAGAGGAGAAAUUGCCCUUGCGCCAAAGGACCGUACCGCUGAAAUCGUCAAAAAGGGAGAUUUCAUGCUGACAAUGGAGGACGUAGCAAAAGUCGGCAUAAAGGCCAAGCUGGUAGUACUCAGCUGCUGUAAUAGUGGUCGUGGUAAGAUCAUGACAGCCGAGGGAGUUGUCGGAAUAGCUCGGGCGUUUCUUGGAUCUGGUGCUCGCUCCGUUUUGAUGUCGCUAUGGCCUGUUAACGAUGCAGCUACCAAAGUCUUCAUGAACGUGUUCUACAGGAGUUUAAUGCGGGACCAAAAGAGUGCAAGCGAGGCUCUUCACCUCUCUGUAAAGAAAUUAAGAGAGUCAGCAAUAUACAAGCACUUCAGGCACUGGGCUGCUUUUGUCCUCCUUGGAGACGAUGUUACAUUUGAUUGACGAAUGACUGGUAUGAAAACACAGCAAAUGGUCCCUUUUAUUUCAGCCAGCAAAGAUGAAUUUGUACGCUAUGGUGAUUGCUGCGUGGAGCACAAAGAAAACAGGGUUUCGAGUGUUGUAGACAUUAACAAAAAUCUGCCAACAAUUCCUUAGUCUUUUCUCUGCUAGAAUCCUCGCGAACCCUUUAAUGGUCUUUAAUUGAUGAUCUCUAAUUUCACGAGGCAUAGUUUGCUUUUGUGUAUAGCAAAUAUAUAAAUAAUUUCAAGUUGUUCUUACCAAAAUGAUCCAUAAAUCAAUUCACACUAACAUGCAUACUGCCUUAAGACCUGGUAUGACUCAAUAGUAAAAAGGUUGUACCGUUACCAAAAGUAAUGGUUUGAUCAGCUGGAAACAAAUUUUCGACUUUGCAUUGGCUCCCCCAGCUAGUCAAUGCUGAUUUCAGCCGUGAUUGGCUUUGACACAGUGCUUAUUUUACUUAUUCUGUACGAAAAAGUUAAGUUUCUCUGUAGGCUGAGACAGAGAAUUUAUAAUUUAUAUUAGUGUAAACAUUUCAGUCAGAGCCAGUAUCGUUUGCAUGGAGUCACUAUUGCGUUGUCGCUUUCGAGUUCCAUGGGAAGGAACUUUGUAGGAUAGGCAUUUGUUUAAAACUCAUUCAGUUAUUUUUUCAGUCAGUUAUUUCAUUUGUUAUUAGAUAACAAUUGCUGAUCAAAGUUAUAAUAUAUACUUGCUAAUGAGUUCGAUCAUAGACUUCUUACAAUGCAUAUAGCAUAAUGAUUUCUGAGAGCAUUACUUGAAUAUGUGAUGAUUGUAGAAGCCGAAUAUUCUGUCUGCUUUAUCCUGUUUUCAUGACGUGUAAGUUAAGCUCAAGGAAAUAAAUUGAAAUUAUCAUACCUUAACAUAACCUUUCAUCAGCUUUGCAAAACAUGGUCCGUUUCGAAUUUAUGCAAAUUACUCGACUGAAGGUUACACUUGGAAAUGUUGAUAUAUUUUUUCAAUUCAGUUUUUCUUUAGGGGAGAUUUAGACGGUUCAACUUUGUGUCAUACGACUAAUUCGUCUCUAGUUUAAAUUCGGUCAGUUUUUGGCAUGAGUAGAGAUAACAGAAUGGACGCAAAUAUUAGGAGAACAACGGAUUUUAUUGGUCAUCACACUUGCUAGCGAAAUUUCUCAGCACAAAACACAUCUUUUUCAUCUAGGACAGUCGCUAGUUGCAUUCAUCGCGACACUCAACAUCUGUCUUCCCGUUCUCUAAGCACUCGUCAACACAAUUUUCCACAAUGUUGUAUGCACUCGGAUCAUUGAUUACAUCUCUGUAGUAUUCUUCAGCCGUGUCUUCAGAAAGGUCUGCGGUGUCUGAGAAAUGAAAAGUCAUAGUUAAGUGACAUUAAGUGGGCAUCAAAAUUGCAUCCGCUGUUUCCAAGCAAGCAUUAUUAAGAUGCACACAUCUGAAAAUCGGCUUUUUAAUGUUGUUUUUUACAGCCCAGCAUUGCCGUAACAGCAGACCUUAGCCUUAUUUUACUGCCACUUUCCUUUCAUAGAAAUUAAAGCAUAUGGCCUCCUGCUUCUGAGAAUUUAUUUCGUGGAAAGAUAAUUGUCUCGUUUCAAACUCUCCUGGCAAGUUCAACACGAUAGCUUCGUAAACACACUGUGACGUCACUGACGAAAUUAUAAGAGCGAAAAGGAUCACUAAGUAAGCAGUCUUCAUGCUUGAACUACUAGCAAAGAAAUAUUGAACAAUCUGAAACAUGUAAAUUGAUAAAACAAAAACAAACACAAACAAAGGAGAAUGAUUUUACUCUCUUACACUGCUGGGACCCUAAAAAUUAUUUAGAGAGGAAGUCACAUUAGCCGUAGUUGGUUUUCAUGCGGGUCCUCCGUCUUGGGGCGAAUUGGAAUUUGGAGUUUUGGUUUUUGUGGAGGGAAGGAAACCGGAGAACUCAGAGAAAAAUCCUCGAAACGAGGCGAAAACAAACAACAAACUCAACCCACAUGUGGUACCGGGCCGGAAUCAAACCUAGGCCACAUUGGUGGGAGACGAGCGCUCUCGCCACUGCUUACCCAAAACAGGCCAUUAGAAUAUAUCACCAAGAGGUACAUUGACCUUUUCUUGAUGUUACAUAAUACGUAUGAGAUCACCUGUGACACCGAAUUCCUUAUGCUGUUGAAGCAACCUUUGGGGAAAUUAGCUGGCAACACCAACACACUCUUCGAAUUUCCAAAACUCACUGUUUCUCUUAGGGCUAGCCAUCAAGCGUUUAUUGUUCCCCUCACCCUUAGAAGUUACCACGUAAAAAUGAGUAAGCGGUAAUUUACUCCAAAGUAAGGUGAAACUGUCGUCGAAGCUGUCUUUAAAGCCCUGCUUUAGUUCUUUUGCUCAGUCACUAGGUGUCUUCUUGAGAGAGCUAUGGAUUUGGCAAAUACACAACUCGAAAGCGUAUAGAUAACGAGAAGAAUAGAUAGUUCAAAAUAUCAGUAGUUUCUAUUUUUCUUUUCCUCGUUAUUAUUUUGCAGUUCCAAAUAUCAUUGUCAUGACUUAAGUCAAAGGCAUCGUAUGAAGCUGAGCUAACUAAUAUAAAAAUCUCCAGCAAUGAAAGAGAUUGUUGGUGAAGUAGACAUAACAGAAUGUACUCAAAUAUUAGAAAAACAGCGGAUUUUAAUCUUCAUCACACUUAACAGCGAUUUCUCUCAGCACAGAAUACAUCUUUUUCAUGGAUAAUCGCAUUCUGCAUUACACUCGUCAUCUGUUUUCCCGCUAUCUUCGCACUCGUGAAAACAAGUUUCAUUCCCAUUGCAAGGACGCGGAUCAUUGAUUACAUCACUGUAGUAUUCUCCAAGAAAGUCUGCGGUGUCUGAAACAGCUGAAAAGUCAGUUUAAGGACCUUAACGGAGCUCAGUCACGAUAUUGUAAGUUAUUUUGGUGGUGUGCAGUGUUGACUUUCAAUUGAUCAUGAAGGAAAUCUGAAAAUAGCAGUUUGCUAAGGUUAAAAACACCAAAGAGAUUAAAAACCACAAAGGAACAAGGAUGGUUGAGGAUGAAGAAGAUUGCCAUGUAAAGAUUACCUGAAACGACGAACUUGAAAAAUUUAGGCUAAACUUUUCAAGAUGCGCGAGCCAUGACGUAGCUCCUUUAAGUGGGCGUAGAGGCGGAUCCAGGGAAGGAGUUGAAAGGGUUGCAACCCCCACCCCCUUUAAACAGCAGUUCUUUUGUUAUUUGUUUGACUCAUC